CCUAUUUCUUUCAUUAUUUGGUUUUACUUUUCCUGGAUAAAAGUUCAACAACCGCUGUACGACCCUGGAAAAUUCUUUUAGUUGCUAAUCUACCUAAAAUUUCUGCGCCGAGCAUAGUGUGUAUUCGCAGUAUUCACCAACGUUCACACAGAGUGAUGUUAAUAAAUUUACUCGUCGUCAGAAGUGUUUAAUUUGUGUGUCACAAUUUUAAAUAAUAAUGAAGAGCAGAAUUUUCGUUAUGCAUAAUCAUUAUAAAAUUGGCGUUUAAUAAUUUUCAAUAAUCUUUCCAUAUUAACGCGUUAUUAGUUCCGACGAUCCCAUGACAAAAAAGUAUGCAAUGAAACGAAAUAAUUUGAACAAAAUGUCGUUAUUGAUGGCUCCACUGACUCCAUUGACAGGAAUUGUCGCACAGCAAGAUUCUAGUUCUAGUACUCAAUCACAACAAGAUACGCCAGCUCAACACUAUCCUCCAGAUGAACAUCAACAGUUACCGCAUACACAGACGAUAUCGCCUUCAUCGCCUCAGCCUUCACAUCAUCAUCAGUCGUCAUCUUCUUCGUCACAUUUGACGGAUUCGUUACCGCAAUCGCAACCCUCUUCUCAGCACUCAAGUAUCCAACAAAUGGAGCAAAAAGAUGAGCCGUUACCGUCUCAAUUACCAUAUUAUCAGCAAUCCUCUCCUUUGCACCAAUUGACUCCAGUGCAACCUGAUUUACCUGCGGAGUUUCAACCAACCUAUCAACAAUUACAACCUUUAACGUUGGAGCAACAACAACCAGCUCAACAAAACCAAGACUCCAGCAUGAGUACGGGUUCUUCGCAUAGCGAUAAAGAAGUAGAAUCUUCAGUUGUCGAUAAAAAUAAACCUAUUGAAAAGAAGAGAAGGAAACGGAAAGCUGAUGAAAGUAAUGAAAAAGUAAUCAAUGGCAAGCCAUCGUCUCGUUCGGCUCCGGAGUGUAAAAAAAUUAACGAUUAUUUUGCAAAACAUUCCGGUAGCAGUCCUGUUCGUCAUGGAAAUAAGCCGUUGUCUCCAGCUCACCAAUCACAUCCUAUGUAUUCGUCAAAUAAUCAACAAAGUAUGAUUCCUUCAUCUUCUACUACCAAUUCAAGAAGUAAUGAUUUUGGCAGUAUGCAACCUCCUCCGCUUCCUCAGCAAUCAACUCGACUUCCUUCUGUAUUAUCUAAGAUGGCACAAAACGAACCGGCUCGCCCGAAGCCACCCGAAUAUGAUAGUGAUAUUGUUUCUGAAAAUCAAUUGAAAGAUAGUAAAAUAGAAGAUUUAACUAGAUCUAACGAAGAAUUGAAACUACAAAUUACGGCUCAACAAAAAACCAUAGAUCAGCAAAAGUCGCACAUUAAUAGAUGUAUAGAAGUAGUGAAGAAACUGCUGAUAGAAAAAUCAACCAUAGAGAAGAAAGAAGCCAGACAGCGUUGUAUGCAAAACCGAUUAAGAUUGGGACAAUUUGUUACGCAACGAGUGGGUGCCCAAUUUCAAGAAAAUUGGACCGAUGGUCACGCUUUCCAAGAGCUCACUAGACGACAAGAAGAAGUAGCCGCCGAAAGAGAAGAAAUCGAUAGACAGAAAAAAUUGUUGUUGAAAAAGAGGCCUUCGAAUGAAACUAGUAGAAAAAGGUUAUCAAAUUGUCAGAAUAAUUCCACAGUUCCUAGUUCUUCUCCAUCGCCAGCGUCUGCCAACAGCGUAACGGUGGUGAGCAAUAAUAAUGCCGUAAUUCAUAACGGUAUCGAUCACGGUAUAUUCCUAAAACCAGAUGCUGUGCUGUCAAAUACGCUCUCAUGGCAAGAAUAUUACGAGGCUGAUGAAAUUUUAAAGCUAAGACAGUCAUCCUUAAAAAAAGAAGAUGCAGAUUUGCAGAUGGAAAUGGAGAAAUUAGAGAGAGAACGUAAUUUACAUAUUCGAGAACUGAAACGUAUUCAUAAUGAAGAUCAGUCUCGUUUUAAUAGUCAUCCGGUGCUGUGCGAACGUUAUUUACUCCUUAUGCUUAUCGGUAAAGGAGGUUUUAGUGAAGUUCAUAAGGCUUUCGAUUUAAUGGAACAACGUUACGUUGCGUGUAAAGUUCAUCAAUUGAAUAAAGACUGGAAAGAAGAUAAGAAAGCAAAUUAUAUAAAGCACGCUCUAAGAGAGUACAACAUACAUAAAUCACUAAACCACCCCAGAGUUGUGAAAUUAUAUGACGUUUUUGAAAUAGAUGCUAAUUCAUUUUGUACAGUAUUAGAAUAUUGCGACGGCCAUGAUUUAGAUUUUUAUUUAAAACAGCAUAAAACAAUCGCCGAAAGAGAAGCACGAUCCAUCGUCAUGCAAGUAGUGUCAGCUUUGAAAUAUCUAAAUGACAUUAAACCGCCAGUGAUCCAUUAUGAUUUGAAACCAGGAAAUAUUUUAUUAACAGAAGGUAGCGUUUGUGGUGAAAUUAAAAUCACAGAUUUCGGUUUAAGUAAAGUGAUGGAUGAAGAAAACUACAAUCCAGAUCAUGGGAUGGACCUAACGUCACAAGGAGCUGGCACCUAUUGGUAUUUACCUCCUGAGUGCUUCGUUGUUGGGAAAAAUCCUCCCAAGAUUUCAUCCAAAGUCGAUGUCUGGAGUGUCGGCGUCAUAUUUUACCAAUGCUUGUAUGGCAAGAAGCCAUUUGGACAUAAUCAAUCUCAAGCCACAAUUUUAGAAGAGAAUACAAUUUUAAAAGCUACCGAUGUACAAUUUUCCAAUAAACCCGCAGUUAGUAGCGAAGCGAAGAGUUUCAUCAGGGCAUGUUUAGCGUACCGUAAGGAAGAUCGAAUUGAUGUGCAUGCUCUAGCCAGGCACGAGUACUUACAACCGAAACAUGGCCGACAAGCAGCUAAUGCUCUUCAUCUUCCACCGCCGCAACCUCAUACCAGCAGUUAUUCAUCAUCGUCGAAUUAAAACCGUUUCAUACUUCAAAUACAAGAAGUAGUCGUUUGGCGUAAAUCUAAGGUGAUUUCGAAGAAAACAUAUUUUCUUACCUUGAAAAAAUAAUAGCUUUUAUUAUUUUACUUUUUUUUUUUUGUAAAAUAUAAAAUAACGUGAAACAAAUUACGCUGGUUUAUUUCUGUUGCCUUUAAGCUGUUUCGUAUUUAUAUUUACUUUCUAGUAGCGUUACCAUAUUAGUUAUUGAGAAGAUUGUUGUACGCGAUUCGAAGUGAUUUGAGGUCUGCUUAUUUAGUUGAAGAUGACAGAGUGCGUGGUUAUGAAUUCUCUGAGCAUUAAAAGGCUAUUAUUGUACAUAGAUAUUGUAAUUAUUAUUUGUUUAUAAAUGUAGCUUACCGAAUGUAUCUUGUUUAUUUAAAUUUUAUUUAGAGUAAUAAUACGAUUUGACAUGUAGCGAAUGUGUUUAAGUCAUAUUGAUAUUGAAAAUUUUGUAGGAUUAUAUAUUUUAUUGUGUAAUUUAUUUAUUUUCUAAAAAAAUGAGAAAAGAAAGAAAAAAAAAGUCGAAUCGAAAUUGAAAUUGUAUUAAUAUACUGUUAUUUAGCAUUUAUUACGAAUGAAUGAAAUUUGGUAAUGACUAGGUUAACUGUAUUACUGAUUUAAUUUUCGCUUGUUGAGUUGAUUUUCCACUUUUCCUGUUCUUUCUUUUUGGAUAAAAAGAAAUUAAAACUAUAGAUACAUACCAAGUUUAAUGUGCUAGCUGCUUAGCGUUAUUUUACUUUUGAGUAACCUAUUUCGUUGUGAAAUUUCAUGCAAAAUUCAUUCCACGUUUAUUUUUAUCGGUUUGAAGCGAAAUUUAAUUUUUAUUUUUAUAAUGAUUUGAAUACCUACCUGUUUGUUGAAUUAUUUGUAAAAGACAUGAGCGAUCGGAUAGUUUUUAUUCAAAUAACAAGCGGAAAAAUAUUUUUUGAAGAAAUUCUACCCUUUCUUCCUAUCAUUUGUCAUUUCUUUUACUGUUAAUGAUCGAUAAUUAAUUUGAAUCUUAGAUGUGUAUCUUCUUUACCUCAACCGAGAUUUUUUUGUUAGACUAUUUUCAUACCAGAAUGAAGAUCUUGCUUUGUUUUUUUUUUUUGUUCUGUGUAAAUAAGUUUAUGAUUCGAAUUGUUUAUUCGAAUUUAAAACAUUAAUAAGCAAUUUUUUAAAAUUAAUUUAAGAUGGUCGAACAAUGUUAAUUAAAACUGAGAGAAACUGAAUGUUGCGAAUUUUAUGGUUUUUUCGUAAUUAUUUGAAAUAUAAUUUUGACUUGUUA